AUGCCUGAUCCAUACAAUUUUCGAGAAUUUUUUACCUUAAUUCAAAAUCCUAAUAAUAAAUCUAAUGCAAAAGCAGUUUGCAAUUUUUGUAGUUUAAAAAAUGGAGGAACUCAAGCGGCAGCCUUAAUUCCUGAAUAUUAUACAACAAAUAAGGCUAUCUUGUGUCGUAAUCAUUUAGCAAAUUGUAACAAUUUUAAGGAUGUAUUUACUGAAGAAGUUGAAGAAAUCUUGUCUCGACCAGUGCCAGAAGAUAAACGGAACAAUUCAGCAGAUAUCAUGAAUAAUAAUGAUGCUACUAUAUCUAGGCCAAUUAAGCGUCAUAACUCUUCUAUUUCUACAGUAUCCAAUAUAGCUGCUUCAAAGAGUAACCAACAAACAUCUUUGCAUAAUUAUUAUAGAAGGCCGAUGUCACAAAAAGAUAUACCAACAUUUGAAACAUUAGUAAUCAGAAUGUGUAUCUCAAAUGGUCUUCUUUUUUCUUUCAUAGAAAAUGAGGAAACACAGGGAAAACCGUUAAUCUGGAGUGUACAAGAAAUAAGCUCAGAACAAUCAUGA